CACACUACUUACAGACAUAUAUUUCUGUUAAAAACCAAAUCUUAUACAUUAAACAUUUUGAUUUCUUUUCACAACGCCUGUCAUUUUCUUUGAAUAUGUAUUAAUUAAAAACACAUGUUGUAAGUAAUUGUUUGUAAAAUGUCUAAUAGUCUAGCAAGCUUGUUAACAUUCUACUUUUUUAAUUUAUAACUAAGAACUUUUACAUUUUACUUUAUAUCACUUUGAAACGCACUUGAAAACUUCAUAAAUAAAUGACCAGAUUUAUAAAUCCGAAUGAGCAAGUAUAAGUGUGCUCAGUUACAAAAGUUACAAGACACAAACACAGAAAAAGAAGGUAGAAUAAGUGUUAGUUACAAGAUAGGGAUAAGGCAAGAGGGCAACACAAAACAGACAAUAAAACCAUUAUGCCUUUUGUAGUAUAAUACACCCAUGCGCUUACACAGCUGACAUUUCAUCUGUUGUUGAGCUGUUGGACUAAGGAGGUUAUAAAUAAUAGCAAGUACCUAUUAAUUCUGCACAUUGCAAUGAAAAAAAAAGAUAAGUAAAUCUUUUGAAUUACUGUCUUUGAUGGUAGUUUAAUAAAUAAAAUUUUUUAAACAGACUUGCAAGCCGACUUUUGUUUAGGUGUCGAUUACAUAUAUUUUACAUGGAUAUUUCCCUUUAGAAUUUAUAUGCAACAUGGGCUUCCAUUAUAUAAUUUAACGUGGGUGCCUAUUACAUUUAUUUAGCAUUUAAUAUAAUGUAAUUAUUGAGUAAUUAAUGUAUGUGUAUUAGUACAGUUGAUGGGCUACACCAACACAGUUUUGUCGCUACACUAAACACUAAAUAAACCAUGUCUGUUGUAGCACAUGCUGUGCGUGGGUGGAGUACAGAAGCUCUCAUCAGUAGGUCAAAGGGUACGCGACUGUGAAAGACGUGUUAUGUUUAGCAACACACCUUUGGACACACCAACACACCAGUGGACCAGGAAGUUUAUCCUUCCUUGACGGUAACUUGCUAGACCACUGCUAGAUGAAUAGGAGCGAAAGGCAUGCACAGGUGUGUCUACAGACUACAACACGCAGUCACGACAGUCCAUUGACAGUAAAAAGAAACACAUGGAAGAAAGUUACAGUACAGAAAUAACUGUACAUCUACAGAACCUUUGUCCAAGAUGGCGAUAUGUGAUGACGUGACGUGGCGUCGAUGGCUGUACUUGGAAUAUUUGAUUGUGUGCGUUACCGGCGUUCUCUCCCAAAGACCCUGCACAGAUGCUAAUGGUUUCAUUCAGGCAAGCAGCUACUUUCUCGAGAAUCAUACUACAGUGUACCCUAUGCAAUACGGAGACUGUUCCUUUGGUCAGUCUCUGUGUAACUACACUCAGUUCUGUACGGACCAGGAUGCGGAGAGCUGGCGACAAAAUGGAGAUCACGCUGAAUGUCCGGGGAAUGAUGGCCUGUACAAGUCCUUCUCAGUCCUGGUGUCGCCGCUACUCGAUAUCAGUCACGUGACCUGCCUAACGUUUGAAUACACACAAGAACCACCUGGAACGCUUAGUGUUUACCUGGCAACAACAACAUCUUUAUUUAUUAUAAUGCCUGAGGAACUUGCACAAAAACAAAGUUUUGUAAAGUUCACGGCUGUGUUAUCAGGUACUGUUGGUAAGCUGAUGUUCCGAGCUCGCAGUCCUAAUGUUAACUACACGGUUCAGCUGCGUGCUGUCAAACUGCAACAAGGAUCUUGCACUGAGUCUGGGUUUGUCUUACCAACAUGUUCCUUUGAACGUAACGAUUCGCUUUCAUCUUGUGGCUGGAGUCUGAACAACUGGAACAUAACCGCCCUACUGUCAGCCCCAGAAAGUAGCGAAAGUAUAUAUGGCGCAUCAGGUACAGGGUACUUUGCUUACGUCAUGUACCCGACUCGUAAAGGCACGUUGACCACUUCCCUGCUUCAGCGAACAGAAAGUCAGACAGGAUGUCUGGAAUUCAGCUACGUCCUCUGUGGCCCUGAUUCAAGAUUGCUCGUAUCCAUUGAGACUGUGGAUGGAAAUCGGAGAGUACUGUGGUCAGGGCCUCCAAACACGUCAACUGACUGUUUAAAAACAUGGCAACAUGCACAAGUACCUGUGUCAUCCGCAGCUGCAUUUGCUAUAAUCUUUGAAAAUGUACCUGCGAACAGCACUUCGUUCGUGAUUGGCGUGGACUAUAUUAAAUACACGCUACAGACGUCACCAUUCAACUGUCGACUUGAACCACAGCACGCUCAGCCACGUGACGAUGACGUCACAUUCUCACCAUCGAGUUUGACACAAGGACUGCCAAGAGGCACCAGUCCAGUGUCCUUGUCGGCGCCAUAUAAAUCAGAAACAUCUACAUUUCUCCAGUCUACGUCAUCUCCUUCAGAAUUUGCAAGCAAAGUUUCCCUGUCGACACAAGUUUUACUGCAGUCACAGGCUGAACACAACAAUCAGGCGACGCCAAUCAUCGCUGGUGUUGUGGCAGCUGUGGUCACCGUCGUUGCCUGCAUUGUCGUUCUUGUCAUCAUCCUCAUCCGAAAGAGACGCCAGAAACAGACGACAGGUCUCAGGAAAAGUACAAACUGUGACAGAAGUGAUGAUGAGGUCGCAAAUAACCCGCAUCGUGACGGUGGGCAUCCUCUGGAUGAGAUGAACAUGGAAAAUAAAAAGGACAGUGAAGUUUCCUCGCAACCUGAAGGUGACUAUUCUGACAUCGCAGAAGACGGGGUACCUGGCUCAACACGUAACCGGGGAUACAUACUAAGUCCUGGGGAUACCGAAGAAUCGCGUUCCAUCUCCUGGAACAGCAACAAGAACAUAAAAGAUGUGUACUCACAAGUUAACAAACAACAGAAAGUCCCUCAAGAAAUGUACGCUCAUGUUCACAAGAUGAAGAAGAAAACAGAAAAUAUAGGCUCAGAGCAAGACAAUAGAGAGUGUCUCAAUCCAUCGUAUUCUCCAGAGACUUAUGAGUUGACUGGCCCACAAUCAUCCAAGGCUGCUGCUACACAGGAUGAUGAAGAGUACAACGACCUCAACUUUGAGCAGAACAGACAAGGCAAUGAGAACUGUUCACCAAGUGAGGCGACUGGACAGAUGUACUCUCAUCUCCAGGGCGAUGUCCUGUACGACUGUGCCAAGGUUGAACACAACAGACUCGGUGGUAACAUGGUGGUCGACUCCGAGUACAACCAUUUGGUCACAUGAUACAUAUAUAUACACAAUGAAAGAUGCCAAAUGUAACCUUAGGUGCUGACCUUCAGUAGGACUAUAUUCCAAUUACAUCUUCUAAUACAGAACGAUAUUUUUAUCACAAUAUAAAUCCAACAUUUCUGAAUAUAAUAAAUCAUUUGAUUUUACAAUUUUUGUGCAGGAAGGUGUACCUUUAUGUUCUGUCGCUUGACUAAUAAAAUAAGGUGAUGGCUCUAGAGACCAUCACACUGCUUAACAUCACAGGUGUCUCCAGACCAGCAAAGUUGAUGGCAGGGAGGGGUUAUCUGAUGAGUUCGAAGAGGGGUUAAAAGAAGAAACACCCAUCUAGUCGGCUGAUGUGCAUGCCACUUGUAAUAUGAAAGAAGCAUUCUGCCAUGUUACAGACUACUUUCAUUAUUAAUAUCUUCAUCAGAUAAGUAACCAUUAGACGUUUUUGUAUAUGUGUUUUGAUGUUGUCAAAAUUAGUAAACACUACCAUCACAAA